UCCUCAGAGCUGACAUCCGGCUGUCGUUGGUGCAAUCAGCUUUGUUUUGAAUAGAUGGCUUCUUCUCAGCUGAGGUGCAACGUGAUGGCAGAGGAGGCGGACACCGGUGUCUCCUCACGGGCUGAGAGAAAGGCUUUGGAAAAGGCCAGAAUACUGCAGCGGGAGAGCGAGAGGAAGAUCUUCCGACUGGUGGGUCGAGUCCUGAAGAAGCCUGAGGCUGAGCGCUCAGAGGAGGAGGCCGCUGUGUUGCUGCUGCACACAGACACAGCGGAGGAGCUGAGCAGGAGACACGUCCGCAGCAGUGUUCUCAAGAGGAAGCAGGAGGAGGUGUAUGAUGACGCCGAGGGGCUGCAAAAUAAAGUCAGACAGCUGGCUGUGGCAAUCAAACAAGCACAUCACCUGGUGGUUUACACUGGAGCCGGGAUCAGUACGGCAGCUUCUAUCCCAGACUACAGGGGUCCUAAUGGGGUGUGGACACAGCUACAGAAGGGACGGACAGUCAAUUCCUCGGACCUCAGUAAAGCAGAGCCGACCCUCACACACAUGUGCAUUAGGAUGCUUCAUAAGGAGAAGAUGGUAAAUCAUGUUGUGUCUCAAAACUGUGAUGGACUUCACAUGCGAAGCAGCCUACCCAGAAAUGCUCUGUCUGAGCUCCAUGGAAACAUGUUUAUUGAGGUCUGCACAGGCUGUUCCCCCGUUAGGGAGUGUGUUCGCUUAUUUGACGUGACGGAGCGGACAUCGCUGCACCGGCACGGGACAGGCCGCAGGUGCAGCCACUGUUCCGGUGAACUCAGGGACACCAUAGUGCACUUCGGGGAACGCGGGACCCUGGAGCAACCGCUCAACUGGAGGGGAGCUGCAGAGGCUGCCAAGAAGGCGGAUGUUAUUCUCUGCUUAGGCUCCAGUCUGAAGGUGCUGAAGAAAUACGCUUGUCUCUGGUGCAUGAACAGACCAGCAAGCAAAAGGCCCAAACUUUACAUUGUCAACCUCCAGUGGACACCGAAAGAUGAUCUGGCUACGCUGAAAAUUAAUGGCAAGUGUGAUGAUGUCAUGAGCCUCCUCAUGGAAGAGCUGGACUUUCAGAUGCCUGUGUAUGACAGGGCAGACGACCCCAUCUUCACUCUAGCAACACCUCUGCGGCCAGAGGAAGUGGACAGCCAUACCCGUGAGGUCAUAGCUCCCCCUGAUGGUGAGCAGGAGUUUUCAGCCGACCCUGGAGGACAAGAAGAAGGCACAGCUGUGCAGGGCGGCUGGUUCGGCCGAGGUUAUAAUAAAGGCAGGAAGAAGAAGAAAAAAGCUACAUAACCGAGUGAACUCUAUAGAUUGGAAUACAUUGUGGCUACGUGUAUUGUAGCUUCCUGUGAUGGAUCCCAAUGAGGGGUUCAGAUUUCUGUCCCUUCAACUCUGACUUGAAUUUAUAAGGUGCUGUUAUGUUCUUGGCUGCCUCUGUCAUUUACCCACAUGCACUCAGUGUGUGUGUGAAGGUAAAAAUAAGAUUGGAAAUUUCCUAUUUGAAAAUGGCACUUUGCACCAUGAACUUGCACAACUUACAUUUUCAGCAGGAUUUAAAAGUGUUACAAACAGUGCUGCUUUUGUUUCUUAUGCGACUGUCCUGAUGGCAUCUCGACGGGCAGGUUUAGUCAGAGCUAAGCUUUAGCACAGCCUGUAAAGACUUAAAGUACGUUUGAACAACAAAACCAUAAGAUUGUUACUCUUAGUUUUUCAAAAAACUCAAAAGAAAGACCAUUUUUAGUGUCUCACAACCUUUUGGCUUAAGAAGUGGCAGCUUUUCUUCAGAUAGUCACAGUGGACAGCAGUAGUGUCAAGUUUUUAAAUCACUCCUGCAGCAUUAUUUGUUUGUCUGCUGUCCGCCUGUGCACUCAGUAUAUCACAAAUACAGCACAUCUUCAUAGCCCCGUUUGACGCCUGCCUGUGCUGAAUGAUUUGUGGUAGAAUAUCACUUUAAAUCCUAUUUAAUGUGUAUUUUUACAAAGUUAGUAGUGCAUACAUCAAAGCAACAAAUGUAAUGUGCAACAUGCUGCUGGACUGAGCAUUAGCUCAAGGCAAAUAGCCAGAAAAUGCAGGUGUCUUAAGUGAAAGUUACUGUAUGGAGCGUUCCAUCAGUGGAACAACAGCAAUAUACCAAAGGUCAAUUUCUGGAUUCUGUGAUGACACCACUUUAACUGAGAAGAGAUUAACAAAUAGGGAGGUCAAACAUUUACUAUGUUUCUUGACUUGGACAAAAAAAACAUUUUUAGUAUUUUUGCAGACAUUUAAACAUGCAUUGUUGACGUUUUUCAAACGAGCUUAUUUGCAUAUUUAGUGUGUGUGUGUGUGGGGGGGGGGGUUUCAUGGUAUUUUGGUUUAUUUUCUGAACUCACACUCAACCUUCACUCUGCUUUCACUCAUCCUCAGAUUUACAGGCGACAUAACACAUCUGUACCAUGGUUUAAGGAGGUUGUAGAAUUUGCUUGAGUUUACAUUUUUUACUUAUUUGUUUACAGCUCUGUAGGCAGAAAUGCUAAGUUUAAAGUGUUACAUUUUUACUUACAUUUUUUAAUGUUUGUUUGUGUGAGGAUAAAUUCUUGUUUACCACCAAAUAAUCUCUAUUAAUUUGUCUCAGGAAGAUCCAGUAGUAUUAAUCCUCUCAGCCUGUACCACAGAGUGUCAGAUGUUGUGACAGGGCAGGUUAGCCAUGAUAAGCUAAUGUUCAGCAUUCCUAUCAGUGCUACAAGUGGAUGUGAAGACUCAUCAUUUGUCUCCUUUGCAAAAAAAGUUGUAAUAUUUUUGAGACAAUAAAGUGUACCUCAUUUUAA